AUGUUUGAUCCAAGGUGGACCGGUGGGGCUCCAUCCACUCACAACGUAGGAGAGUACAUUGACCGCGCGCUUGGAUAUGAAAUGGACUCAAGCAAAGAUCACGAGUACGGAAGUGAUACGGAUGAAGAAUAUCCCUCAUCUGAUGCAGAAGAGGCCAUGCUCUCCGACGGCGAGAGUGCUCACUCUUUCGAUGGCGAGAAACAGUCAUCUGUUCAAGACGUCUCCGAGGAGACCUUCAGCGCCGAGAUCGACGAUGUGCUGUCUUCGACCUCUCAUCUGACGAAGAUCGAUUCCCCUUUUGACGGCAACUGCGAAGACGCCGAUGACGAGUCUGAGUUCGAAGUCGUGGAAGACGACGAAGACAUUACUGAGUGGUCAAAACCUGGGCCAUCUCCUCUCAGGCUCAGCGGCGAGGCGUCUUUGAUUCGCCCCGAUAAACUCCGCCUCCACGACCGUUCGUCGAAGCCAGUCACAGUCAUCCCCAUCAAGCGCAGUUCGAGACAUCUGAACGGCGUCGACUCCGAGAACAAGCGGAAGAAGGCUCUGUACAUGUGCUUGAUUCGAAGCCUGUCAACUCCUUCAGUAGACGGGCCUGCGGUGACAGUAUCAGAAAAGGCGAAAGGAAAGCUCCGUGCCUCGGCGGACAACGAUGAUGAAACCGAUUCCGACUCAGAGGCCCAGAAGCGGAAGCCCGUCCUGGGACGUGGCACGCCAGCAGGUGCGCGUUUCGGAAGAUGGACGCCACUCACUGCUCCCCCCUCCCCCUACACAUAUCUCUGUUGCGACGGUACUAUCCCCUUUGCACGCUUUGGUCAAGACGCAUUCCACGACGACAACUCAUGGGCUACUCUCCUCCGCUCUGCUCGUCAGUCCACCCAGGCCGCGGACGCGGAGUACGACGAAGGAUGUGUCAGACAUACGAUGGUCGUGGGUGCCGGGAAUAUCAAGAGGGCAGCAGAGUUUUGGACGGACGAGAGAGCUAUGAGGCAUCUGCGGGCUCACGCUCAGGAGCUCGCGAACUUGCCCGGAAAGGCGAGGAAGGAUCUGAAGGGCAGCACCACGGGAACAAUCCUUGAGGAGGCGGAGCGCGCGAGCGUCCUCCUGAUGGAUCGGGAAAGGGGGCCUUCUCCUGAGUGGGCCCAGGGAGAGGAGGUUUUGACUUUGGAUCCGAUGUCUGACGUGGAAGACUUGGGGCCAUGGUUCCCGUACUAG